AUGGACAGAGAAAUUAGCAAUAGUUGUGGAGAAUCAUCGACAAUCAGUCGUAAAAUUAUGAUUGAUCUAGAGCAACAAGUACUGCGUCGUUUUUCCGCCGCCCAAGCGCAAACGGCCUCGACUCGCGGAGGAAAUGUCCCCGACUUCGUCGACACCUCUACACACCUCGUCACGACGCAUCUACGAGUGGGGUGGGGGAGUCCUGUCCACUUCUCCCCUCUCUCCCCGGCAAAAUCCCACCGCGAGGAGACCCGGAUCCACGAGGAGCGGUUGUGGAUCUCAUCGCGGCCUCGGCCGGGCCAGAAGAUCCUCGACGUCGGGUGCGGCGUCGGCGGGCCGAUGCGGGCCAUCGCGGCCAGGUCCGGAUCGAAUGUCGUCGGCAUCACGAUCAACGAGUACCAGGUGGGCCCGAGACGCCGCCGCCACAACAAGAAGGCGGGGCUCGACUCACGUGCGAGGUCGUCUGCGCGCAACUUCCUCAGAGUGCCGUUCGCCGACUCGAGCUUCGACGGCGCGUACUCGAUCGAGGCGACGUGCCACGCCCCUCAGCUGGAGGACGUCAACGGCGAAGUCUUCAGGGUCCUGAAGCCCGGAGGGCUGUACGUGUCCUACGCAGUGGGUGACGACGGAGCUGUACAGGGCCAGGAGCCGGAGCAGCUGGAGACGAUCAGGGGAUCGAGAGGGGGGACGCUCCUGCCCGGGCCCUCAGGGCCCACGACGAGCAUCGCGGCCGUCGCGAAGAAGGUGGGGUUCGAGGUCUUGGAGGAGGAGGACCUGGCGAAGCCCCCGGCCGGGCCGUGGUGGACGAGGCUGAAGAUGGGGAAGAUCGCUUACUGGAGGAACCACGUGCUCGUCAACGUCAUGACCUUCCUGAGGAUCGCGCCCAAAGGAGUCGUGGAGGUCCACGAGAUGUUGUACGAGACCGCGAUCCAUCUCGCCAACGGAGGGGACAAGGGGAUUUUCAGCCCCAUGCACAUGAUCCUCUGCAGGAAACCCACCGGGACGAAUUGAGGGCUGGUUGGUUUUUACCGUCAGCGGGUCGGGUUGUUGUUGGGUUUUUUUGGGGAUUUGUUAUCCCCCUCCUCCUUGUGUUUCGCUUAGUUGUAGCUUCAUUUCAUUGGUGUAUGUUUUACUUUCUGCUGUUGACGAUGCUAAUGUUUGACGAAUCACCCCGACGGGGUUAAUUGUGGCAGUGAAUUAAUGGGAAUUAAAAGCGCGAGAAAUCUUACUAAAAA